AUGGGUUUGGCACUCAGAGCUUUUCUCCUGGCGGCAUCGGCGACGCGGGUCUUCGCAUCAUGCGCCCACGGAACAUUCCUCCGGCCGCGCGCCGAGGGCGGGACCGUUGAGGUUGCCAAGUUUGGAUAUACCGGGGCUGUUAGACGCCAGGGACCGCUCAACUGGGCAGCACUCGAGUCUCCGGCCAACGGCGUGUGCGCCACCGGCACCAACCAGUCCCCCAUCGACAUGGUCGACGGCGUGUUCAGCCUCCUUCAGGGGUCUGACGUCCAGCUGACGAUCAACGACAUGCCCGAUGGCGCCGAGUUCGAGAACCUGGGUACCACAGUCGAGGUGAUCACUCAGGGUGGCUCGCUGGCCGUCGCCGACAAGACAUUCGAACUCCAACAAUUUCAUUUCCAUCUGCCCAGCGAGCACCUGGACAACGGCACAAGCCAAGCGAUGGAGAUGCACAUGGUCUUCCAGUCCGCCGCCCAAGAAAUCGCUGUCAUCGGCACCUACAUCAACAUCGCCGACGGCGGCGCGGCCCCCGCCCCCGCCGCCAAACGCUCGCGCAUCUUCGGCCGCCAGGAAGCGACCCCUCCCGCCGUCGCCGCCACCACCCUCCUCGAGACCAUCUUCUCGGUCGUCGACCAGAUCGCCGUGCCCGGCACCAAGGUCACCACCCCGCCGCUCGUCAUGUCCGAGGUCGUCGACGUCCUCAAGGCCAACGCCUUCCAGAUCUACGCCGGCUCCCUCACCACCCCGCCCUGCAGCGAGGGCGUCAGCUGGCAUGUUUCCACCGCUCGCCUGGGCAUCACCCCCGCGUCGUUCACCAAGGCCCGGGAUGUUAUUGGCUUCAACUCGCGCUAUCCGCAGAAUUCUCCCGGUGAACCCAACUUGUUGAUGAUGUCGGCGCUGGGGUCGGCGACGGCCGCAGUUGUGGCGAUGGCGGGCGGUGGUGUGGUGGCUGCGAAGCCGGCGGAGUGA